AUGGACCAGCAAAAGGACCCGCCAGAGUUUAUACUCGACGUGUUUACCGAUCCCCGCUCCGUCCGGGAUGUCGUCAAAGGCAUCCUCCACACCAUCUUCUUCACACGUUUCUUCCCAUCCCUUACGCCCCGCACCCGCGAUGUCCUGGACCUUACCCUACCGUAUGUCGAUGACGACGAGCUCGAAACCAUGAUUGACCAGCGCGCCUCGGCCCUCGAGCGCCAACUCGACGCUGAGCGCUCCUCCGGCGGUGGAAAUCACGCUGCCACCAAUGGCGGUGGCCGCGGACAGGUCGCCAUCCAGUUCUUCGAGAAGCGCCGUCGCAAGGCCUGGCUGUCCCGUGGUGACGAGGAGGUCUGCUGGGAGAGUUGGACUCUAAAAGUGACUGUUGCUGAGCCCAGGACCGAGAGUGAACGAGCCAAAGUUCGUCGCGCCAUGGAGCAAACUCUCCUUACAACCGCCAUGAAAAUCGUCACCUUUGCCAACGCUCACAAAGAUCACAUCCCGCCCAUCACCGCACAAGGCGGCAAUCCGUUCCCGUUCAAGAUCAACAUUGAUCAAAAGGAGACAGGUUGGGCUGCCCGGAUGAGAAUCUACUAG